AUGGCCGACGAUGACCGCCGUACCAAGCGUUCUCGCUUCGACCAAACCGAGCCUGAACCACGACGCCCUUCGCGGUUUGACCGUCGUUCUCGGUCUCCCUCGUCGCGACAGUCUGAAACUCGGACUCGCAGUCCCCUCAGUCGAGAAGCACGCAGCCCUAGCGCAGGCGCACCCAAGAGUUCCACUCCCUCAGAUCCUGCAGCCGCAGCUGCUGCUGCUGCGGCCAAGAUCAAUGCGCAAUUGCAAGCGAAGAAGGGAAUUCAACAUGUAGAUGUUCCUCCAAUCCGCUCGACCUCGAGUCCUGUACCCCCGCAAUCAGCUUCGCCGUCUGCUGGAGAUGCUUCGGGAAAGUUGAACACCGAAGUUUACGUGGCGGAUGGAGAUUAUAUCAGGGACAUUGAGAUUAAUGACUUGCGCAACCGCUAUACACUGACCAAGGGCUCUACUCAGAAGAUGAUUAAAGAAGAAACUGGCGCCGAUGUCACCACUCGAGGAAACUAUUAUCCGGAUAAGAGCAUGGCCACUGCUGCGAAUCCCCCACUGUACCUGCAUGUAACGAGUACAAACAAGGAAGGCCUUGAGAAGGCCGUGGUCUUAAUCGAAGACCUCAUGAAAAAGGAACUUCCCAAUCUGGUGGAUGAACGACGAUUCCGCCGUCGGGAACCAGAGCCUGUGGAACGUGACGAAUUUGGCCGUCGUAAAUGGCCCGAAGAGCGGAUUCCCGUGGAUCUCGAGCCGCUUCCUGGAUUCAACCUUCGUGCUCAAGUUGUCGGACAGGGUGGCGCGUAUGUCAAGCAUAUCCAGCAAAAGACUCGGUGCAAGGUGCAGAUCAAAGGCCGGGGCUCUGGUUUUAUGGAGCCUAACUCCGGCAGAGAAAGCGAUGAGCCGAUGUUCCUUCACGUUGCGCAACGCAGCGGGCCCGACCCUAACGAGGUCAAGAAUGCAAAAGAAUUGUGUGAAGACCUGUUAGCCAAUGUCCGAGAGCAGUAUCAACGCUUCAAGGAGAACCCACCCCAGCACAACUAUGGAGGCUACGGUCAGCGAGGAGACCGUUAUGGAUAUGGUGGUGGUGGCGGGAGCUACGGCGGUGGAUAUGGAAAUCAUCAACACCAAAACUCGCCCCCUACUUCUGCCAGUCCAGGUCAACAAGGAGGAGCCGGGGCAGGGGGGUCAGGAAGCCCGGCCGACUACAGCGCGCAGUACGCGCAGUAUUAUGGAUCCGACCCAUAUGCUGCCUACGGGGGAUAUCAGAACUAUGUCGCCUACUAUCAAUACUACCAGCAGGCUGCCCAGCAGCAACAGCAGCAACAGCAACCACAGUCACAGAGUCCUGCACCUCCACCGCCCCCUCCGGCCAGCGAGGCACCACCUCCACCACCUCCUGGGUCUGGUUCUCCCCCACCUCCCCCGGGUGGCAGCAGCUACAGCGCCGUAAGGGACCUCCGAGACACUUACCCUGAAGCCAUGCACUGA